UUUAUCUCAACUUCAGCUUCCCCUCACAAGAGGGAAAAGAAUAUGAAGUUCGAGGGAGCCAGAGCGAGGACUGUGCAUCUUAGUCCAAAAGUUGUGGCCGGGAGAUGUUGUAAAUCAACAAGACAGAGCAGAUAUCAGAAAAGAAACAUUAAGGCGGCGAUUUUGCGAGUAAGGGAAGAGAUGGCGGAGAUUAGUGAAACACAGAGUUCCAUCAGAGAGGGUCAGAGGCAAGUUAGGGAAAAAAUCGAGAAGAUGCAGAGAGAGCGCGAGCAAUUGAGGAAGGAAACAGAGGCUAUAUCGAAGCAGAGUGCGAGCAUCCAAUCACGUCUACAUCUCAUGUUGCAAAUAUCAAAAGCAAGAGCUCAAGGCGAUUCUGCUUUGGCCGAUCAUAUUCUCCAGUCUCUCCGGUUGGUUUGAUUUCCUUAACCUUUUACACUCUUAUUAUGUAUGUAUCGUGUGUUUGUAUACGUCCAUGAAUAUGUUUGAUCAAUAAAGUUGGGCUGUGUAUAUAGAAAUUGAAA